CUCAAGCAAAGAGCACGUGUUUAGCACAUUUUAGCACGCUAUAUCUGUUUCUGUGCGCUUUCACCACUCGCCUCCACUUGGCAGUCCGUGCAGGCUUGUGUCCACGCCGAUGGCAACAGUGGAGGGUGAUUACGUGGCUCCGGCGGCGCGUGACACCUACUUCCAGAAUGAGCCCAAUCUCAUCGCCCCCUUUGACUUCGACUACGACCGGAUUAUCGAGUUUACCACACAGCUGAGAAUGGCGCAGGUGGCGUUCCUGCCGUGCAUGUGGUUCUCUGUAUGUUGCUGCUAUCCAUGUUACUUGAAGCAAAACGUGGAAUGGGACACGCGAUCUCAACACGUGGCCUUGACCAUUGAUGGCAUCCGGUUUGUGAAGGAAAGGAGGAAGACCUGCUGUGGACUGUCUUGCACCGACCAGGGCAGAGAAAGCAAGACGGUCCCCUACGACAAGAUUACCGAUUGUGACGUGCAGGAGCCAGCAGGAACUGCUUGCUGCUGUUGCAUCGAGAGAGUGCUGUCCACGGUCAACGUGGACACGGCAUCAAGCGGGCCGACGGACGGCGGCGUGAGGCAUGAGUUGGUGCUUCAUGGCCUUGUAGAUGCACAUGCGUUCAAGCAUUCUGUUUGGGCCAUGAAACGCCGCCUGGCGGGCACCACAGGCGCUGUGCAGACCUCAAUGCCUGUGAGCUCGCCAGUUCAGCUGGAGAUGCAGCGCAUGGCGCCUAAGAACGACCUGCACACGGCAUUGCUGACAGAAAUCAGAGAUGAACUGAAGCUAAUGAACCAGAAGAUGGAUCGAUGAUUGGCUGUGCACCGCUUGGACCAACUCCCAAGUCUAACAAACUGGGUCGGCUCGCUUUCUUUGCUCAAAGCAGGACUGCAACCCGUCGACCCAGAACCCUGG